AUGCUUCGCCCAUCACGGCUCGCCCGGCCAGUCGCCCGCGCAUCAGCCCGUCCAGCCCUCCCGCCGACCACCAGCCGCGCCCUUCUCUCACAGAGAGCAUCUACCCGCGCCACCCAAGACUUCGACCUCAACAAGCUCAAUAACAAACGCCGCGACUAUGAAAGGAACCGCACCGCUUUCCUGGCCGCCGGCGCCAUUGCCGGAAUCAUGUCCUUCAUCUACACGGCAUGGAAGCUGAAGAAGGCGCUCGACGUCCAAAGUGAAAAGGACAAAAUCGCAGUGAAAUGCGACGCCCCCAUCCCGACCGAGGCGUUCAAGACGGAGGCCGGCGAGAAACGCAAGGUUGUUCUCCAUGACGAAGAAGGGAGGGAGAUUGUUCCCACCGGAUACAGCGUUGUUCCGGCGUUUCCUCGCACCAUGGACCUCGACCUUCCGGGCGCUUCAACCGCAGACGGACCUGUAGCGGCAUCCGUGUCGAAUAAUGCCGGCGUGGAGUACACACUUGUUGGACUGGGCAUGAGGACAGUUACAUUCAUUGGUAUCCAGGUCUACCUGGUGGGGUUCUACGUCGCCACGCAAGACAUCGAGCGCUUGCAGCAUUACCUCGUCAAGAAGAUCAACCCUCUCGCCACCACGCUGAUUCCGUCUGAAAAGGACGCCCUGCGCAAAGCGCUCCGCGAUGCCGCCGAGGGCGAACAAACCUGGGAUUCCAUCCUGCGGGAAGCCGGGUGCCGCACGGCGUUUCGGAUUGUGCCCGUCCGCGAUACCGACUUCCACCAUUUGAGAGAUGGAUUCGUACGAGCUAUUCAGGCUCGCUCCGGGCGCGACAAUGCUUAUGGCGACGAGGCGUUUGGUGCAGCCAUGAAAGAAUUCAAGAUGUUGUUUAACCGCGGGCAGGUUCCAAAGAGGAAGGAGCUCUUGUUGUCGCGCGACGCGAACGGCACAUUGGCGGUCCUGUAUGGUGAAGGGGGUCAUAAGCAGCAAACUGGUAGGAGCUUGAUGGGCACCAUCUCUGAGGAGAGACUGUCCAGGCUGCUGUGGUUGAAUUACCUGGCAGGGGACAAGGUUGCCUCUGAGGGAGCUCGGGAUAAUAUCAUCGAGGGAAUUAUGGAGUUUGUAGAGCGACCCGUUGGCACCGUUGCUACACAGAUUUUGUAG